UGGUUUAUUGUGCUGAAGUGAGGAUUCUUAUUAACUUCACAAACUUCCUGUUGGUAAAAACACUGCACAGUCUUCAGGAGCGAAACAACACUUCGUCUGUUUGAUUUGAAGUCAUGACAUUCACACCAGUCCGUGAUCUGAGGAGGGUCUUACCUAAGACGUAUGAUCACAGGAGAGAGGUUCUGUCAGAGAUCUCUACGGCUUUGUCUCAGCAUCAGUUCCUGCAGCCAGUGCUGGAGAGAUUCGUCUUUAAUGAUGGCAAAGCGAGGACCUUGGUCGGUUUGACUGGAACCAUUGAGGUGUUUUAUGAAGGGAAACACUACAAUAUUCCAGUGAGUCUGUGGCUGAAGGAAAGUUAUCCGCGCACUGCGCCCAUCUGCUAUGUAAAACCCACGCCGGAGAUGCUGAUCGUGCCCAGCAGACACGUCAACAGCAACGGAGAGAUCCUGAUGCCUUACCUGGACGAGUGGAGACAUACACAGUGUGACCUGCACAGCUUGAUUCAGGUUUUGAAGGCAGUGUUUAGUGAAGUUCCUCCUCUGCGUUUGCGUCUUUACCCAGAAGAUUGUUCUGCUUAUCAGAAAUGCUCCCUUGAGGAAAUCUCACACGUGACGCUGGACAGAGAGGACGAUCUUGCUUUCUCCGAACAUAAUGAAACCGUCUGUUAGCUUGCUAGAUGUAUACGAUUUGAUUCUGCAGUUUGUAGCUACACAUAGUUUCUUGUUAAAGUAGACACUUGCAUGAAACUGUAAAUAUUUGUUUAAAGACAGUAAUAAUGAGUGUUAAAUUUGAGCAGCAUGAAUGUAAAUACUAAAUAUGUAUGUACAUUCUGUGUAAAUAUGAAGCAGUGUUUUCCUAGUGAUACAUAGGCCUACUCAGUUUAUUCUCAGUCAAUGUUUAUUUUUUCUUUCAUUUAUUCAUUUUUUGACCUGUAUCAUAUAAAAUAUACCUUCCUAAAUAUGUAAAUAAUAGUGAUUAAUCGCGAUUAAUC